GAGUUCGAGGAAGAGAAAGCUAGUCACCGACGUUGAAGAUGGUCUUGUCGUUGACGCUCAAUUCGACGACACUCCUCCCCACCUCCGCCAACUCGCUGCCGUCUCUCAGUCCGGCGACCUCCCUUCCCUCCGCCUCGCUCUCAAGAGAUCAAUUUUGUCAAUGACAUGGUCGGCACACUUGCUGGCAAUGGUACAAAGGGCUCUGAUUACAAAGGAGGAAGAAGGGGAACGUCUCAGCUCCUCAAUUCUCCGUGGGAUGUCUUUUAUGAUCCUGUCAGAGAAAAGGUUUACAUAGAAAUAGCUGGCCAACAUCAGAUCUGGGAACACAAUCUAUCAGACGAAACCAACAUAGCUUUUAGUGGUGAUGGUUAUGAAAGAAACUUGAAUGGUUCAAGUGGAUUAAAGUGAAGGAAUGCUAGCACCUUUCUCCUCAACAACUACCCUAUACACACUACCUAGAUGAGGAGACUACCCCAUCUGGUGCUCUAGCAAGAGGAGUUUACUUGGCAAAGCUCGGGGUAAGAUAUCCAUUGCAUACUUAAGCACGAAAUAUGUUGACGUGUAUAUCUACUUUAUUAUUUUAAGGACUUGUGAUCAGACAAAAAAUGCAGAACAAACUACAAUAAACUCCCAGUAAUAUUUACCAUACAUUUCCUCUAUCUAAUCUGCUUAAUUUAUAAAGCUUGAACUAUUGUACCUUAACUAGCUAUUUUUUUCUUCUUAUUACGGAUUAUUAUUCUAAUAA